AUGGACACAGACACAGGCAUGCACCAAAACCAACACAACAACCAACAGUUCAAAAUCCAGCACCACAACCAACAGUUCAAAAUCCAGCACCACAACCAACAGUUCAAAACACUGCACAGCAAACAACAGUUCAAAACCCUGCACAACAACAACCACAAACAGAGCAAGGACAUAAAAGAAGUAGAGAACAAGGAAACCAAGAAUUCUUAA